AACGGUGAAGAAGAGAGGGAGUCAUCACUGUUAGUAGCCUAUAAAUAUAUACCAGUUAGUCUAUAUAUAUUUGAAGCCAGCUUAAAUAAACGUGUUCAGCAUUUUCACAGACGACAGACAACAAACAAAUCGGAAUGAACCUCCAGCAGCUGGUUUCAUCCGCAAAGAUCCUUAUACACCAACAGCACACAACCUCAGAGAUAUGAUCUUCAACAACUGAUGAAACCAUGAGCACAUACACAAGGAAAAGACACAGUCCUCAAGGGCGAAUGCAUGGCAGUAUCUACACUCAAGCACAGCGUGGUGUAGUAGCUGGAAGAAGAGCAGAUCAAGACAGUCAGCCGUUUCCAAAUAAGCCUGUCAGCCACAAAAGACCGGACAACCCCAAGACACAAGACUCACUUGAUCUGUCUGAUUUUGAAAAAAUAACUAUUACAAAACAAUCAAGGGGCCCUUUGCCACCCCAAGAACGUCAUUCAGAUGGUAGAGACACCACCGGAUCCCGACACCCAAGAAAAGACUCACACAGGCUGCCCAGUGGAGAACUGGAGAUGACUAGAGCAAUUCAUGAAAAACAGCUGGUGCUACAGGAGAAGCUGUGGAGGGUGGAGGCAAAAGUAAGACAAAAAAUCCAGAGAGCCAGAGAUGAUGCUGCUCAAAAGGAUGACUAUGACCAGGGACAAUCAGAAAGGGGGAAAAUUCAGACAAAAACCAGAUUUUUGGAGCAGCAGAGGAGAGAACCAGUGAGAAGCAGAGGGCUGAUGAUACAAGACAGAGGACAAGAGGCUGUAAAACAGCAGAUGAUGAGGGACAGGAUGAGACAUGCAGAUGAAGAAGAAAGGGCAUGGAGAAGAAGAGAAACAGAAGUUGAACAGUUUGAACGAAAAGGACGUCAAGGCACUCAUGAGAUCACAGUUCGUAAGCGAGAAGUGAGAGGAAAGCAGAACCAACCGAGGUGGGACAAUGUGAAAGAGCAUACCAGAAGAAAAGGGAGCUUUGAAAGGGAUGACGGCAAUUGGGGAGAAAGAGAUGGAAGGUCAAAAGAGAAGGCAAAAGAAAGGCAACAAAGUACUUCUCAUGGUGAUAAAGAUUGGACGAGAGAAAAGAAAUAUAGGGAAGACAUGCAAAGGGAGCUGUCUAAUUCAGACAGAGAAGAUCAAAUACCUAGAAUAAAUCAACACAAAACUUCUCAUCAAACUGCAACACAAAACCACAGAGGUGGAGAGAGAAACCUGUAUGAGGAACAACUGCUCCCGCCAGCUUCUAGUUCGUCUUAUUCCAGCAGACAAGAAGAACAGGAGGUCCUUCCUUGCAAAGUAUGCGGCCGAAGGUUUACAAGCCAAAGGUUAGAGAAGCAUGUCCUAAUCUGUGAGAAGCUGAAACAAUCAAAUCGCCAAGUCUUCAACUCCUUCGCUAACAGAACCAAGGGAUCCGACUUAGGGGAGUACCUGAAGACCCACAGCAGCUCAAGAACUCCUGAGGUUUUGAAGAAAAAGAAGCAAAGGCAGAACAACAUGGCAAAUACAAAGAAUCUGCGUGAGGUCCGACUCCCAGCUGGAACUUCAAAACGGUUCAAGUGAAGCAACCCAGACACAUACGUAUACUUUGUCCUGUCUCCUUGUUAUAUACCUUGUGUCUACAUUGUUUGAAUGAAUUCCCUGUCACAGAACUGUCUAAGAUAGUUUUUCCUCUUAUAAGG